UUUCAUUCCCCUUCCCUUUUGUGUCCAAACUCCUAAAACGUCCUCUGAAUGCUGUAUAAUGUUUUCUUUCUAUUUUUGGUAACAACCCUUUUUUUUAAGUGCAGAAUCUGCAUCCAAUUAACAAAAUCAAAUUUUCAAAACCAAUCCAUACAAAAGCUUUUUUGGCCGCUAAUGAGCUGCUUUUUGGUUUUCUUGUUUAGAUUUUCUCUUGAUGGUUUUCCUAUUGGCCAGAUCUAAAACUGGGUUUUCAUCACUAGGGUUUUGCCACUAAACUAAGAGAAACCCAGUAUUUGAUGUAUAUUUGCCAUGCAUUUUCUUAGUUAUAGUGCAUAGUUUUCUGCAUAUAUUAUUAUGAGAAAAUAAAAAAGCUAGCAAGCUCUUGGGGCAAAAAAAAUUGAAAAUAAAAUUAACUGAAUAUGUUGGAUCUAGUUUUUCUAGUUAAGAUAUGGCGAGGAAGAAGAUAAAGAUAAAGAAAAUUGACAACAUAACGGCAAGGCAAGUGACGUUUUCUAAGAGGAGGCGAGGGAUCUUCAAGAAAGCUCAAGAGCUUUCAGUUCUGUGUGAUGCUGAGGUUGGUAUUAUUGUAUUCUCAGCCACAGAGAAGCUCUAUGAAUAUGCCAGCUCCAGUAUGAAAAGCAUAAUUACAAGGCAUAAUCAGCACAUUCAAGGUAUCCGCGGCAUGGACAGAUUUCUAGAACCGCAGGGAGAGGAUAAUAGCAAUUUAGCUGAGUUGCAUAAGGAAGUUGCUAAUAGAACCGAGCAGCUAAGGAGGAUGACAGGUGAGGAUUUUGAAGGGUUAGAAUUUGAUGAUUUGCUGGAACUAGAGAAAACACUACAAUCAGGACUGAAGCGCGUGAUUGAGUUAAAGGAAAAGCGGAUAAUGGAUGAGAUUACUGCAGUUCAGAAAAAGUUAGAAGAGGAGAACAAGCUUUUAAAGCAAAAGAUGGCUAUGCUUUGCAAGGGAAAAAGUCAUUUCCUAUUGGACUCGAAUAUUACCAUGCAGGAAGUUGCUUCAUCAGACUCUAUGAAUAACGUGUGCAGCUGCAACAGUGGCCCUUCUCUAGAUGAUGAUUCCUCAGUCACAUCUCUUAAGUUAGGGUUGCCCUUUCCUAAUUGAAAUGAAAGGAUGGGAGGAUUAACUUCUCUUUUAUCAUAAUUAAUUUUAUAAUUCAGAAACUAUUCAAAAUAGUUUCUUCUCAUAAUUGAUUCGGAUUUCAAAAUCAACUGUAUAAGAAUUGUCAUUAAUGCAUAUACUUUGUGUA